CGCUACUGUGAGGCAUUUGAGGGGCAUCACUCCCCAUUAGCAGGCUAACUUAGCUCUGCGAAGCUAACGUCGGCUAUGUCUCUUCUCUAAAAUUAUCACAGAAUGACCUAACCGGCUAAGAAUACACCGAGAACAUGGAGACGGUUUACUUUUGCACACACUAACCGGAAUUGCAAUGUCGCAGCUAAGCAAGCAAAAGGCUUGCGUCACUGAUGCCAGGUGCAGGGUGUAGCUGAGAGCACUCAGGAUGAGUGGGGCUGGAGAGCACACAGACAUCCUGUCAGUGGCAGACGUAGUGAGGGACAGAUGGAAAGUGGUGAGGAAGAUAGGUGGUGGUGGGUUUGGGGAGAUCUAUGAGGUUCUGGAUCAGCUGAGCCAGGCCACUGUGGCCUUAAAGGUGGAGUCAGCUCAGCAACCUAAGCAGGUGCUGAAGAUGGAGGUAGCUGUGCUGAAGAAACUUCAAGGCAAAGACCAUGUGUGCCGCUUUGUGGGCUGUGGGAGAAACGAUCGGUUUAAUUAUGUGGUGAUGGAACUUCAGGGGAGGAACCUUGCAGAUCUGCGCAGAACCAUGACCCGUGGCACAUUUUCUGUUUCCACAACUUUGAGGCUUGGGAAGCAGAUUUUAGAGGCCAUUGAAAGCAUCCAUUCUGUAGGCUUUUUGCAUCGUGACAUCAAACCUUCUAACUUUGCAAUGGGAAGACUGGCCAGUACCUGCAGAUGCUGCUAUAUGCUUGAUUUUGGUUUGGCCCGACAGUUUACCAACUCAAGCCAAGAAGUCCGUCCACCUCGUCCUGUCGCAGGCUUUAGAGGAACUGUGAGAUAUGCUUCAAUCAAUGCUCAUAAGAAUAAGGAAAUGGGUCGUCAUGAUGACCUCUGGUCUCUCUUCUACAUGCUGGUUGAGUUUAUGGUCGGUCAGCUGCCCUGGAGGAAAAUCAAAGACAAAGAACAAGUAGGAAAUCUGAAGGAGACAUACGACCAUCGCCUCAUGCUUAAACACCUUCCCUCAGAGUUUAGCACUUUCCUGGAUCAUAUCUUGACCUUGGACUACUUCACUAAGCCUGACUAUCAGCUUCUGAUGUCAGUAUUUGACAAUGCUAUGAAGAGCCACAACGUGCUGGAGAAUGACCCCUAUGACUGGGAGAAAUGUGAUUCAGAGGAUAUGCUGACCAUCACUGCCGCAGCAACCACAGCUCAGCAGCUCACUCGCCUCACACCAGCAUACUUGGGCAUGGCCAAUGCUUCGGUGCUGCCAGGCGAGCUACAGAGGGAAAAUACUGAGGAUGUCCUGCAAGGGGAGCGCCUCAGUGAUGCUGACAACUGCCCCCCGAUUCCCACACCGACAACACCUGGUGGAGAUGUGUGGGAAGAGAUGGACCGCAACCGAAACCACAAACACACUCAGCCAGUGAUCAGAAAGGUGGUGAGUGAAGAUGAGCACAGUCAGAAUCAGGGGAACCAGAGUCCCAACACUGGCUCCAUGCAGAGUUCUCCGAGAAGAGUGCGAUCGGAGACCAUGUUCUUGGAACGAGCUGCACCGCUGCUCCGAAGGAUGAGGCACAGUCAGAGCCUAGCCUUUGAAAAGAGGCUUGCACCUGAACCAAAGCCCACCAUUGAACGCUUCCUGGAGGCCUACCUGGGCAAACAGCGGCCUGUCCUUUCUCAUGUUGGAGAGAAAACCAUCCCUGAGAGGGGACAUCGGACGCCCAACGAGGAACACUCUGGCACGGCGACGCCGGACCCGGAGGAGGGCGCAGCCAGCAGUGGUUUUGUCGCAGUCAACCUGAGUCCCGUUCCUCAGGAGGGAGAUUCCCAGGAAUGGGUGAUGCUGGAAUUGGAGCAAGGGAGUGGUUCUGGAGCCACUAAACCUCCAGCUGAAGCCUCACAUGAGGACAAGCCUGGAACUCACACACCUGCUGAAACUGAGAACCACUCGUCUGAUCCACAGGAUGGACAGUCCACAGCCGUACCCAGCAGCCCCGUGCUGUCGCAGAUGAACAUGCCUGGCACGUGGUUACUGGGCCACAGGAGGCUGCCGGGGAUGCUGGGACAAAUGCCAUCAGUCAUUAUGGGGAGAUCCCAGAUGGAACAGUCUUCCAGUGGUGCGUUACAGUCCCCUGUACAGGAGAAGAGUGAUGUAAUUCCACUCGAAGCCCCAUCCGGCAAAUCUGACGAGCUUCCAGAGGAAAUCUUGAAGGACGGAGGGAGGAGGUUGGAAUUAGCACCAGUGCCAAGCAUGACAAAAGGCCCCGCAGCUCAUCUCACAAACGACAGAGACCCGGAGAGCGAUUCUGGGCUGCCCGACCGCUCCUCAGAGCCCAAUCAGCAGCCUCAUGGUGACACAGCGGGAGGCGCUGUGGAGAGCACUGUGACCGUCUCCUCCUCUCCACCUCCGGUUCUCCUCAGAAGAAGAGACUCUCCCUCAUCCCCGAGACUGAGCAGAAUCCCGGUUCGAGACCCCAGCACCCCUCUGGACUCUCCUAGCAGGGACCUUAACAUAGAGAGACGCCACCGCUGGAGCAGCCCCGUCCCCGGCUCCCCCACCCACUCACCCUCCCCAUCUCUGUCCUGUGACAACCUGCCGUCUGCUUUACCCAGAGACAGGCUGUCCUCAGAACGGGGCUCCAGGUCUGACGGAGCAGGAGAAGAUCCUCUCUCUCUGUCCUCCUCUUCAGGUAGUAAAAGUAAAAUCCCCCGACCUGUGAGUGCAUCCUUUCUACCUGAGCAGCUCACGAGCAGGUUUCUGCCUCGACCUCCUCCUGGUAAACCUCCCAUCCGCCCAUGUGUGGACAACAGACGGCGGCGGUUAAGAGUGCGUGCCAGCAGCACUAGUGACGCAGACUUCCUGGCCAGUCUGACCCAGCUGAUGCAGGACCGCAGUGGGAUGCUCUUCAGCCCCCCUCCUCGCCCUCGCAGCUCUUCUUCCUCCCUGCAGCGCUCGCUCAGUUCCUCCCCUUCCCGCCAGGAGCUCCGUGAGGGCGGGGUUCUCCAGGGACGCAGCCGCUCUCCAUCCAGCUUCUCCGGGUCUCCUCCUCGCCACGCUUACCCACAAGACAGAUCCAGCGGGCCGGGUCAGUGGGGUCACAGCUCCAGGGGGAGGGGCCUGAUCCACGAUGGAAAAGGCUCCUGCAAAGCGAGUCGAUGACUGAAUCCUGAUCCCAAUUGUAGCGCUAGACUGUCUAACAUCCAGACGCUGAUAGCAUGUGUAAAUACGGUAUUUACUCAAGGGAAUGUACUGUAUGUAAUGUAAAAUGUAUGAUAAAGUGUAUUUAUUUAUUUAUUCAUUUGUUGGAUAUGUCUCAAAAUACUUGAUAAUGUGGCUUAAAAACGGAAAGAAAAAGGUUGAGAAAACCUUGAGAUUGCCAACUUACCUCUCAUUUCACUCCUCUUAACACUCCAUGUAGGCCUAAUAUGAGACCAAAAAGAUUCUGUUUAAUACUUGAGGGAUGUAAAAACGGCGCUAAAUGUAGAUAUGUACCAUUAGAAAAAUGGUAUACACUAAUAGAAAUUAUGUAUUCACUAAAGAACACUAUGAUAGUAAAUAACACUACAAGCAGUAUACCAACAUCAGCAUUCAUACCGUCAGGGCAUGCUGUCCCAUAUUGACCUCACUCCUGUUUAACUGAUAGAUUUAUUAUAAUAUGUAUCAAUGAAUUGCUAAUUUUGCAUAUCACCAUGUAGUAGUGUGCUUUCCUUUGCUAGAAAAUAUUUGUCAUGCAAACAGCAUCAGCAUAUUAGAAUGUACAUGUAAGUGCACUCAUACUUAAGUAUUGUAAAAAUGCAUGAGUAUCAUUGCAAAUGUUUUUUUUUUAUUCAUUUGUACAAUCCGCUGAAACAUCUGUAUUUUUAUUGAAAUGCUUCUGAUCAAAAUACAUUACAAUGUAGACCAGCAA